UAUCGAUAGUGGUGCACCCGCACCCGCGCGCAAAACAUACAUUGCGCGCCCCUCCCCUACAGCAGCCCCACCUCCACUGUGCUGUGCACCGCCCGCGCUCGCUCCCGACCGCGUCAGGCAGGACGCUCCCGCGUCCUGUCCAGUCCGCUGCCUCCUGCCCAGCGGUGUCCCCGCGCGCGCCAUAUCGCCAUAUGACGCUCCUGGUGCCCGACGUCGCGCUGCCGCCCGGGGCGGAGGCGGGGCGACGGCGACGGCCGGGGUGCGGCUCCGGCCUCGGCGUCAUCAACGUGGCGCUCACCGUCCUGGGCGCCACGGCGGGGCUGCUGUUCGGCUACGACACGGGCGUCGUGUCCGGGGCCAUGCUCUUCAUCAGGGAAGAAAUGAGUUUGGAAAAUGCCUGGCACGAGUACAUCGUCUCGGGCACCAUCCUUGCAGCCUGGGUGUUCUCCUUCGUCGGCGGCUACGCUGUGGACCGCUUCGGGCGGCGGCGCACCAUCCUGGUGGCGGCCGUGGUGUUCACGGCGGGGUCGCUGGGCAUGGCGCUGGCGCCCUCCAAGGAGCUGCUGCUGGCGGGCCGCGUCGUGGUGGGCGUGGGCGUGGGCCUGGCCAGCAUGAGCACGCCCGUCUACCUGGCGGAGACCGCGGCCUCCGCCGUGCGCGGCAAGGUCGUCACCACGUUCAACGUCGGCGUCACCUUCGGCCAGUUCGCCGCCAGCGUCAUCUGCGCCCUGUUCACCAACGUGACCCCCGGCGGCUGGAGGUGGAUGCUGGGCCUGGCCGGGGUGCCCUCGCUGGGGCUGCUCGCGGGCGGGCUCCUGCUGCCGGAGAGCCCCCGCUGGCUGGUCAUGCGCGGCCGGCCCGAGGAGGCCGAGCACGUCCUGCGCAUCCUGCGGGGCGCCGAGGACGAGGAGGCCGUGCAGCGCGAGCUGCGGGAGAUCGUCGACUCGAGCGUGCAGGAGGCCAAGGCCGAGGCCAGGGCGGGGCCCGGCGCCGGCGGCACGGUGCUGCGCGUCCUCAGGACGCCCUCGGCCCGCCGGCCGCUCCUCAUCGCCAGCAUGCUCACCGCCAUCCAGCAGCUCGUCGGCGUCAACACCGUCAUGUACUACAGCGCCAGCAUCAUCCAGAUGGCGGGGGUCGGUGACUCCAGCUCGGCCAUCUGGCUGUCGGUGGUCGUGUCGCUGGCCAACUUCGCGUUCGCGUCGCUGGGCGUGUUCCUCAUCGAGCGCGUGGGCCGGCGCCCGCUGCUGCUCGUGUCCCUCAGCGGGGUCGUGUUCUCGCUGUGCCUGCUGGCGGCCGGCUUCCUCGUCAUGGACCUCACCUCCCCCAAGGUCAUGCGGACCCUGACCGUGGACGACCCCUGCUCCGCCGUGCAGCGGUGCUCCGGGUGCGUCUCCUCCUCGCUCAGCUGCGGCUACUGCUUCGCGGCGGACGGCAACGCGUCCUCGUGGUGCGGCAGCACCGCGCACAGCGGCCUGUGCACGGCGGCGACCGACGCCGAGCCCGCGGGGAUGACGUGGGCGGUGGGGUGGUGCCCGUCGCCGUACUCCUGGAUCGCCAUCGCGUCGCUCGUCCUGUUCCUCGUCAUGUUCUCUCCGGGGCUGGGCCCGGUGCCGUGGACGAUCAACUCGGAAGUCCACCCCAUGUGGGCGCGGGGGGUGUCGGGCAGCGUGGCCACCAGCUGCCACUGGGGCUUCAACCUCAUCGUGUCCCUCACCUUCCUCUCGCUCGUCGAGAGGAUCACCGCCAAGGGUGAGUGUGCUUUGCUAUGGCUCUGCUCCGGAGGAUCGAUGGAUCGUGAUGGCAGUCUCAACAUCAGCUUUGACGAGUGGCGCGACUACUUGAUGUACGCACCGAGCACCAACAUCCAUGACCUCAUCAAGUACUGGAGGCAUUCCACU